AUGGGAGAGUAUCCUGCUUCACAAAGCACGGCCGAACCCCGCCCGGGCGCCAGCAGUGCCCGGCAGGACGCGGGCCCGCGGGGCGAUGCGGCCGCGCUGCCGGGGCCGGACCGGGGCCGCCCCGCCCCGGGCGGUGACAGCGUGAGGGGCCCGGCGGGGAGAGGCCCCGACCCCCCCGGCCGCCCCCUCCCUCCGUCCGCCCGGCCACAGCCCGCGCCCCCCCGCGGGCCCGCACCCACCUGCGCUGCAGCUCCGCGCCCACAGCCCUCGCCGCCACCGCCGCUCCCUGCCCGGCCGCCGCCGCAGCCCCUGCCCAGCGCGGCGGCUGCUCCCGCAGCUACCGGCGCCCGCAGGCCCCGCCCCGCCCCGGGCUCCCCCCAGCGGACGGCAAGGCGCGUUAACCCGACCCCCCCCCCGCCCGGAGCGCGGCCCCUCACCUGCCUGUCAGCCCGCGGGGAGGGGACGGCACGGCAGGGCAGGGGACGGGCGGCGCUGCCCGCGCUCGGCUCCGCUCGGUUCGGCUCCGCUCCGCUCCCGCCCGCGCCCCCGGCGCGAGACACGCGCAGGCCCCGCCCCCCGGCGCGCGCGCUCGCCGCGCGGGGCUUCCCUCGGCCCGGCCCUCCCCGCCCCGCCCCCGGCGCGCGUCACCGCCCGCGCGCGUCCACCGGGGAAGUUUGGCCGCUCUCCGGCGCCGUAGCGGCCGCUCCGGGCGGGAAGUGCGAACAGGCCGCGGCGAGGCCCAGGUACGGCCGGGGCUGCGGACCAGGAACAGAACCGGGCACCGAAACCAGCACCGGGAACCGAACCGGGCACAGGGAACCGAUCCGGGCACACCCCUACAAGCGGCUGCUGAGCGGCCCCUGA